ACUCGGCACUCAUUUUCCAGUUUCUGGAUCAAAGAAAAAAAAUGGCAGUUGCCCAGUCUCUCUCAAAUCCAUCUUCCACCACCUCACUAAUUUCCCAAUCCAGAAACCAAUCAAAACCCACUUCUCCUCCUUCAUUUCUAAAGCCCCACAGUUUACAAAGUCCUUGGCUUGGCUUCAAAAUUUCCUUUCAGCCAUCACAAACCAGACCCUACUUGCCCAACCAUCGCACCAUCACUGCAACUAUCUCCUUAAGUCUCCCCACUUCGAAAACAGAUAGGGUUGCUUCAGCUGGGAAAGUUCCCAAAUGGUCAAGGAGAGCGAUAAAGUCAUUUGCUAUGGCUGAAUUGGAAGCUAGGAAACUCAAGUAUCCAACUACUGGAACUGAGUCGUUGCUCAUGGGCAUAUUGAUUGAAGGAACUAAUCUGGCUGCAAAAUUUUUGCGUGCAAAUGGUAUCACUCUUUCCAAGGUUCGUGAUGAGACUGUCAAAUUAUUAGGAAAGGGUGACAUGUUCUUUUUCAGUCCCGAGCAUCCUCCUUUGACAGAAGAUGCUCAAAGGGCACUUGAUUGGGCUGUUGAUGAGAAACUAAAAUCUGGUGGUGAUGGGGAAAUUACAACAACUCAUUUGCUUCUUGGCAUUUGGUCUGAAGUGGAAUCACCUGGUCACAAGAUAAUGGCAGCUCUUGGCUUCAAUGAUGCCAAAUCUAAGGAGCUCACUUCGAGUUCUGAACCUGACUCUGUAGAUGGGUAGUACAUGCCUUUGGUACUCAUUGUGAGAUGUAAUUAUUCUCGUUAUUCGAAUGAUGAAUCCAUCUUUCGAAUGAUGUUGCCGGUCAUGCCUAUCCAUGCACUCAUAGAAGUUAAAAAAAGAACCUGGCAUUUUGCUUCCCUGUUUAGCUUGUUUGUUUGAGCUGUAUUCUGGAUGGACAUAUGAACAUGAUCAUCGUUCUCCAGCAUUUAAAGAAAGGUGCUGAAUUCUUCAAA